AUGAAUUUGAUAAGAAAAGAAUAUCGCAUCAAAGAAGAUAUGGUUAUUUCGAACCAAUUAUUCGAAACUAGAAUUAACGAAAUCGAUAAUGCGAUAGGAAGACGUGCAGUAGGAAAGGGAUCUUAUUUAUUUCUUUAUAUUUUUACUACGCUCUUAGUGCUAGCAAUAGGAGUACCAGUAACAAAAGGAAAAGCAGACAAAAAUGAAGACUAUUCGUACUUUCAGUGGGCGUACUUCUUUAUUAUUGUAAGCUGUGUAUAUCUUGUCGUGAAAAUGAAGGAAGUCGAAAAGGUGAUGGUACGAAUGAACAAUUUAGACAAUCCUAAAUAUAUCUUUUGGAAUCUAGAUUUCACUGACAAAUAUGUUAUGGAAGGGUAUAGGAAAAAGUAUUAUUAUGUAAUACUUGAGCUAAGCUCGCCAAUAAUAACUCAACAAGUGACAGCAGAAGUGACAGUAUUACCACCACCAACUUUGGCACCACCACAGCAAAUUGUCAUCAUAACAGGAAAUGCCGCAACAUCUCCGCUAAACGAUUAUGCUGCACAAACAACUCAAACAAUCUCAAUUGACGCUUCGCAAUUAAAUCAAAUAUUAGCUGUUGCUCAACAGCAACAACUUCCGCCUCUACCCCCACCAAAAUAUUAA